CCAACUACCAAGUACAUAUUAGCGUCCUGCGUCCCCCGAUCCCCACAAUCCACAGUCCAUCUUGUGUUUGCCUUCUUUCCUAAUAUCUAGGCAAUAUCAAGCAAUUGACAUCUCCACCACGAUCACGAUCAUGGUUGUGUAUUCUUUCUACAUCUUCGACCGCCACGCGGAGUGCAUCUACAAGCGUCGCUGGCUCCCACGGCCGACCUCCACAACUUCAAGGUCCUCCCGACCCUCCUCAGAACCCACCUCCGCCAGCAAUGGCAUGCCCUCGUCCAUACCCUCCCGCCAAAGCCUGACUGCAGAAGAUGAUGCUAAGCUGAUAUUCGGCACCGUAUUCUCACUACGUAAUAUGGUGCGCAAGCUGGGAGGCGAUGAUGACAACUUCAUCUGUUAUCGAACAAGCCAAUACAAGCUGCAUUACUACGAAACACCCACGAAUAUCAAGUUUAUCAUGCUUACAGACGUCAAGUCUGGUAACAUGCGACCAGCGCUACAGCAGAUAUAUGUCAAUUUAUAUGUGGAAUACGUUGUCAAAAACCCUCUAUCCCCCAUCGAACAUCCGGGUGGCAUAGGCGUCAAUAACGAGUUAUUCGAGGAGUCCCUACAACAGUUCGUGACUCAGGUAUUAGCAUAAAUCUCCAAAAACCUCCAGAAUAUCCCUAUAUACCGUGGCCGGGGAUAUAUAUUUCCGUUGUAUUCACGCCCUGGUGGACAUUUACCUACCAGUUUCCGCUUCGCGGGUUUAACUCUCUCCGCGUUCUUGGGUGGAGGGGCAAACGCUUUUGCGAAGCGAAAACUAUCUACAGCUUUUCUCUAGGAAGCAAAGAUUCUUUAUAAAGCUUGGCGCAUUUCGUGCCACGCUCCGUGCGGAGGGAUAAUUGACAGCACGCUAUGACCGGAUUCUGAGUCUCACAGUACACUCAACAGGGCUAGGGAACCGCCGCCACACUGUACACCUAUCUCUAUAGACUGUGAAAUUGGGAUGAGGCCCUUCAUAGCAGCCCUACUAACACGCGGCCGUCACUCCAUAUGAGAACUUAGCCCCCAAUUUCGCAAAUUUCGCCCACCUGUGGCCAAUGCGGAAGGGCGGCAAAGAGACAAAGUAAUAGUGGAGAUAAACCCUUCCAACUCUUCUUCUUGUAAGCUUAAGACACCCGAUCUCACUUGCGUGAGUUAAAUGCUAUAUUCACCCCCGACUGGAUGUGUAUGGACAUUUGCCAAUCACUUCACAUCUCAAGCUCACCUUGAUUUACUAAGGGGUUUUUCCCAUCUUCUUCGCAACGCUGGUUUUUUACGUUUCGUUCACUCUUAAAUGCAUCCCUGAUGUAUGUACAUUAGAGCCUAGAUAGUAAACGGGUUACCUGCUUCUUAGCCCUUAUAGCAAAGAAUCCAAAAAGAAAGAAAAAAAAUGAAGGGGUAAGAAACCGUAAUCCGAUAUAAAAAGUUAACCAC